UAAGCAUAUUAUUCCUUUAAUCCGGAAAUGGAGGAUCACACUUGCAGUAGCAUGGUGUUCAGCAGAACUCCUAUGGAAGAGGAUAUGUCGCUAGAACAUAUCAGCCUGCUCCCCAGGACAGUCCUUACCAGCCUCGAGGAUUUCAGACAGUUAGUUGAACAAGUCAAAUUUUGCAGGAUUUUCAGGCAGUUCUUUCACUCUACCACUUUCACGAAACCCCAAUCCUUUCUCCUUUCCAGCCGC